AUGUCAUUUAAGUGCCAUCUUUGUGUCAAACACUUCACGUCGAAUUGGGUGAGAAUAAAAUAAAUAGAAUUAAAGUCUGUGGUUUAUCAUGUGCAAUAUUGUGGUUUUUUGCAUGUAACUCGAAGUUAAAUAAUUGUAAUUUCUCUAGAAUUGAUGGAAGAGAAAUACGAUCUGUUGGAAGAAUGAUUUUAGGCUAGGGAAAGGACUGAAGGAUUAGAUUAAAAGUUUUCUAUUAUAAUAGAAUUUACCUAGUACAGAGUAAAGUAUAAAUUUGAAAAAAGCCCGUAUUUAAAGACGGUUGAUUGAGAACGAGAAUCAAAAAAUUUUUAUUUUAUCUAUCGUUUGCAGGAACUCACUGAACACUUUGUCGCCGUCUCUCACCAAAUCAAAUGGAAACAAGAUCAGACUUCCAAAGGAAUUGAAUCCCCUGAACAACGCUGUAUUCUCUGCCAAUUCGUAUGCACAGACAUUCCCAGUUACGUCACGGUAGGUUUUAUCUUUUAAAGGCUUUUUUUGGGGUUUUGGCGAUAUAACACUUGCUGUUUGAAACCAAAUAUAAUUUAUCGUAUAAAAUGACGCCGCACCCUGCGGGACUCUAGACGCGAACUGCCACGUAAAAAUAAAGUUUGGGAAACAUUUUUUUGGAUCACUGAUUCGUGUAUUAUAGGCGGGAAGGGAGGAAUGAACUGAUGCAAUGUGAGUUUUGGGUUGCAAUAUGUAAAAGUUCGUCCACCAACAUGUGAUGUUAUCUUAGCCAUGAAAUCAUAAUUUUCAGCACGUAAACUCGGCCGAUCAUAAGAUAAGAUUGAAUUCACUGCGAGUCCGUCAAAGUGUCCUGGAAGACGCCGGAAUUCAACAGCCGGAGUCGGAAGGGUCAUCAUACUCUUUUGAAAUUGAAGUGAGUAUAUUUCUUAUGUUGUACUUGAUGUGUUUGAUGAUCUAAGAUUUCAAUUGCAGAUGCCCAAAAAGUCAAACAAGAAGGCGAAACCAAAACCUAACCCUCCAAGAAAGGACCCACCAAGGAAGAAGUCAGCAAGUGGCCGACAGAAUCCGCCAAAUAUUCCACUACCUCCACCUGAUCUCAGAAUGCCCCAAGCUCCUCCAUUUGGCGCCUUUUUUGGUCAUGGCCUUCCAGUGCCUCCCCAAAUGAUGUCUGAUCCCUAUGCAAGGCCACUGUUCUAUGAUCACCGUGACCGAUUUGGUCCAGGAUAUCGAGAGAGUAAUCCAUAUCCAAGAGAAGGUCCUUUCGAAGAUUUUGGACGGAGAAACUCGGGAGAUCAUCGACUGGUUGAUGACCGAAGGAUUAAAGAAGAGGAUCGACCACAUAGUAGAGGAUCGUAUAGAAGGAAUGAUUACAGAGAGUCGAGAUUCGAGAGAUUCGAUGAUUUUAGGAACAGAAUGGAUGAUCGGAGAGAAAGAAGAGAUUACCGGGAAGAUGAUAGGAGAAGAGAUGAUCGGCAUCAUGAAGACAGAAGCUCGAGGACUUCUUCUCGACCUCCAGAACGUUCACGAUCCUCAAGGCCAUCGCCUGAACGUUCAAGGGCUCAGUCGAAGCCCCCAGAACAACAUAAAAGAAUCGAACCGAUUGCUCGCCCUGGUCAGAUUGUUCAGAGAAAUAACAGCAGACCCAUUCCUGAACCGCCUAGCCCAAUAACGUCUCCUGUUCAGGAUAAAGUAUCUGUUGCAAAUUCGGAGCUUCAGUUUAAUAAUGGAAACAAUAGCGAAACAAGUUCGAUUACCAGCACUCCAGCAGCAACCAAUCCGACUUUGCUCAAGAACCUAAAGCAAGAAGUCUUAGAGUCCCAGAAACGCGAUAAAAACCCGGUGAAGAUGGGUAAGAGAGGUUUUACAUCUUAUACUAGGAAGUUUGAGUAAUAAUUUUGAAGAAUUUCAAAUUUUAGUGGUCCCAGAAAAGAAAGGCUACGAGAAACGGAUGCCAAACUCAAUCCAGAACUUGAUGAACAAGAAGAGCCAGAAGAUGCUGGCCACUCGAAUGAAACAGUACACCCUUGGAGGGGAAUCCGUUCUCGGCGCAACCGCCUCACAGUCAAGCUCGGAGUCCUCAGAUGAAGAUGAAACUAGCGCUGUCCGGAAAGCAAUCGAAUCUAUCAGACGAGUUGGCCCGAAGGCACCAAUAACCGGACUUGAGAGUAAAUUUUUCUUCAACUUUUUAUGUUUGACGUCAUGGAUAAGAUAAAAUUGUUCGAUUUUAGUCCUCCAACCGGCUACAUCAACAUCUGCAGCUGCCUCCGAGGCCAAGAAAAGGAAGCGGCUUCCAGAUACGGUGGAGGAAUUUGUGGAAACUCAUGGGAAUUUACCGAGCAAAAAGAAAAUCAGCCAAAUGGCGGACAAAAUGUUAAAACAAUUCGAGCAGGAUCGACAACGAGAAGAGAGGGCAAGGACAAGCUCCAACAACUCACAGAGCUCUCAACCGGUGACGAAGAAGGCCCUUACUCAUCCGUUAAAUCAAGAUGACAGUAGCUCCGAUUCAGAUGAGGAUAGAAAGGUAAGGAAAAUGUAGUUUUAUUCAACAUUGUUUGUGUUUAGCCUGUUAUUGAUCUCCGAAAACCGAAACAAACCCGGCCAGAACCUCCGGUUCCAACAGAUCCGACUCCAACAUCGGACCCCGCGAAGCCGGACCCCUUUGCCGCGAUGGAACAACAAGUGUUUGGUAUUGAUGAAGAAACAGCUGAAGCUAUCAGAAAAUACGUGAGUUCAGAGAAUACGUGAUCGAACUCGUUUUAAUUGCGGUUUAGGAAGAGUCCAAAAAGAACACCACUCCUCAAAGACCGCCGAUAAUUGUCCAUCAAGAGCAGGGUUCUUCAAAUAGUGUUACAGUACCCCCAACACAGAAGAGACAAAGACAGCGGAAGUUACAACUGCCUAACAUAGCUAUUGAUGGACAAAAUCAUGUAAGUUUUGCAUCGAAUGAGGAUGUUUUUAUAUUAUCCUUGAGAUUAAGAAAAUAUUUCAGUUGGAAGCCAUGUGGAAUCUAGCCGAGACGGAAACAACUUUACAAGAAGGCCUCGAACGUCUAAGCCGAGAAGAAGAGAAGUGCCAGGCGUUGGUGGAGAACUCUAUGAGGAAAUUGGAAUCGAUCAGAAAGCAAAAAGAAGAGGUAAAAAGGAGUAGAAGGAGUAUAUAUAAGUUUAUUGCAGCAAGCCAAACUCGUGAAGGACAUCCAGAAGAACAAGAAGAAGCUCCUCAGCAACCGGAGGCGCUAA